AUGAAGCUGUCUCUCAUUACUAUGAUUGCCGCUGCGGCCUCGGCCAUUGUGGCCGUCCCUGCCCCUGCUCAUGCAGCUAAGGCUGAGCCAGGUGCUCCAAACAAGUAUGGCCACUAUGAUCCUCCCAAGGGCGGAUACGGUCACUACAAGGGUUACGGCAAAGACCAUCACGACAAGGACUACGGCAAAGGCCGUCACGGCAAGGACCGCCACGACAAGGACCGCCACGAUAAGGACCGCCACGACAAUGACUACGGCAAGGACCGCCACGACAAUGACUACGGCAAGGACCGCCAUGACAAUGACUACGGCCGCCAUGACAAUGACUACGGCAAGGACUAUGGCAAGGGCUAUGGCAAGGGCUAUGGCAAUAACUACUAG